UAUAAAAGUCGGUGGUUCCAGUCGUUUGUAUCAGUCGUGUGUGGUUGGUGAGACGAAGCAAACCUUAUUCAAAGCAAAAUGAUCGCUAAAGCCGCAGUCAUCCUUUCCAUCGUGGCGGUAGCAGCCGCUGGUGUGUUGCACGGUUACGGCGGUGAGAGCUAUGGCCACGAAGCCGUUGCAUACGCGCCUGUUGCCCAGCUUGCCCACUACGAGGGCCAUGACGAACAUGUCGACUAUCACGCUCACCCCAAAUAUGACUACUCCUACUCUGUGUCGGACCCCCACACUGGUGACCACAAGGAACAGCACGAAGUUCGUGAUGGAGACAUCGUAAAGGGCGAAUACUCCCUUCUCCAGCCUGACGGCUCUUUCCGUAAGGUCACCUACACCGCUGAUGACCAUAACGGUUUCAACGCGAUCGUCCACAACACAGCGCCCGUCCACUCCGAGUACCACUAAUUAUAACUGGCUCAAUGCCCCCUUCAUGUGAUAUUAUGUGUACCUUUUAUACUUAUAGAUAGUCUUUAGUCGACAACGAAUGUUUUAAAUAAGACUGCGGCGAAAAUAAACUUUUCGAAAAAUUA